AACCAGCCGUUGUUCAGUUGUUGUUGUUGUCGUGGUCGAGCGGUAAUGCGGUAUGGUACAACGCGACGGGCGAGUAUGAUCGCGAACAGAAUAUUUUCUAUCGUUGUCGUUUUUACACAAUAAAAUAUUAUUAUAAUAUCGCUUGAAGACCAACAAGUGAGACGACACUCUAUUUCAUAAUAUUAUUAGGCUUAUUGUCUCAUUACUGGAGCUCAGUGACUUGUUGCUGUUGUUGUUGUUUAUUAAUGUUGUUGUCAUAAUUAAAAUAUUAUGAUCACGGUCGUCGAUUCAGUGGCGGCGCGUGGUGACUAGUGGAAAUAACGGCAUAUUGCGCAAACUUACUCUCGGGGACAAAACGAUCGAACUCGACGUCUCUUCCAUAUUGUCCGAUAUUUAUAUAAGUGCCUAAUAUACUUUCAUUAAUGGCUGCACUACUCGAGCGUAACCGUUUCGACGGUGACCGCAGCGGCAGUGGUGGCUUUUACCGGCGAUCCGAAUCGCGCCCUUUCGGUGGAGGUGGUGACGAUGGUCUUGUCGUAGUUGUUGUUGCUGCUACGACUGCUGCGCCCGCUAUGGCGAUGUCACGAUGAUUCCCUGCAAAACGCGCCAGUGAUCGCGACGCUAACGUUCUAUGGACAGCGACGACCACCAUCAACAACAACAACAACAGCAGCAGCGACGGCGGCGGUCGACGACGGCCGUAUUGCUACAGCAGCAUCAACAGCCUGGCGUGAGGUGGCGUGCGGUGCAGCCAGCCAGGAGGAGUUGCUCGGCCGUAACUGAAAGGGACAUGAUGAUGGUGACCGCCGGCGCGUGGCAGCCGUCCCGGCAACUCUCGUUCACCGCCAAAAGAUCUUCCAGAGUUUACAGAGAAUUGUGUUCGGCAUGGAAUUCGCGUGUGGGCUCCCAAAACACGAAUGCUCCAGCCCACAGAGUUCAGGCGCUAUUCAACGACUUGGGAUUGUACCUGACCUCGGCCCAAGUCGCUGAAAUGAUGCAGUGCGUAAUGAAAUGUGCCAAUAGAAGUUCGCCGGUAUACAUGACAUUUGGCGAAUUUUGUUUGUUGGCUAGAAAACUCAAAAACGGCUUGGAUAGAGGGAUACCGAGAUCUGUGCAGUUUUCACGGCUGUUGGAAAAAGAUCAAGAGAAACACAUCAGGGGAAUAAAAAAAAACUCGAGAAGUGCCCACAGCUACGACGUUUUCCUGGGCGGCUCCUGCAAUCCGACUACGUGGCGCAAAGACUUGGCCAUCCCGUACCUUCAAGAUGCUGGUGUGUCAUUUUACAAUCCGCAAGUGGACCAUUGGAGCCAGGAUCUAAUCGAAAUCGAACACGCUGCCAAAGAGAGCGCAACGAUACUGUUCUACGUGAUCGACAGCCAGACCAGGAACGUGGUCAGCGACAUAGAGACGGCCAAUUUUGCCGGUAACCACAACAACCUGGUGCUGGUCAUCCAUCCGCAAGACGCGAUUGCCGGUUCGGUGGUCGCCGGCGAGCCCAUCUCUUGUAGUGAAGCGGAGGACAUUCGCGAAGCCCUGACGGCGCUCCAAAAGAUCGCUGCCAACCAGGGGACACUUGUGUUUGAUAACAUCCCUGAAGCGUUGAACAAUGUCAUUCAGAUUCUGAAAGACAAAAACCGCCAGAGCAACGAUACCGGCGAAGACAUUUCUACGUACCGCAAGAUACGCGAUGCAUUUAACAAAUUCAACGUCGAAGCGCCGGGGGAGAUUAACAUUUCCCAUGUGACAAGGGCUAUCCAACUGUUGGCCAAUCAGAAUUUAUCCGAAAAUGAUGUGCUAAACCUGACAUCUGAACACCGCGAUACUAAAGAUGUCGGAGGUAACCACCAAGUUUAUUUUACGUUCAAUCAAUUUUACGCUAUUGCUUCUAAAUUUCUACAGUUAUCAGACAAAAACAAUCGCAGGAAUGGAUUUGACAUCGGGCACUCUUACCGCUCGAAUGUAGGUAGACCAUUAUACUUAUCACAAGAGAGUGUUGAAACAACAAGGUCUCCAAAGACGACAGAUAUUUAUCUUGCUGGAGAAAGUGGUGAUGACAUUCGGUGGAGAGAAGACAUUGCUAUUCCCAUAAUCAAAAAAUCUAAUUUAACUUAUCAUGCAUCAUCCAAAACAGAUCUAUCAGUAUUAUUAGAUGCACGUACUUUGUUAUUUGUAAUUCCAAACAAUUCAAGAUCUUUGGCAACCAUGACAUUAGCAGCAUAUAGUAUAGCUAAAGGCUGCAGAAUGGUGUUAUGUAUACAGAAUCUCAGUAAAGAUAACUGCAUAGUUCGCGGUGAAAAGUUGACACAAACAGCAAUCAACGACUAUAACCGCGGACGGAUUUAUUUAGCGGAUUUGGCAGCACGAGAACGAGUGCCUGUGUUUGAAUCAAUCAAAGAAGCAGUUGAAAUCGCAGUGCAAAAAAGCCUAUAGCACAAUAUAUUCUUUUCUAUAAAUUAUAAUGCACAUAGAAAAUAAUGACCAUUUAAUUAUUUUAAAUUACAUGAAAAUUAACAGAUGUGCACAAGCAAAAUUGUUUUUUUUAUCUAUAGAUAUUAUUUUAACUUAUAAGUACCAAUUUUUUGAAUUUUAUUUUAUUUUUUUUAACUAACAGCUAAGGAAUUAUUUUUAAUUUUAAUUGUAUUGAUAGUAGGUUAAUGCCUAUUUCAUAAGGUAUAUAAAUAAAUUUAAAUACUUAAAGCUA